AUGCAUCGCCUUUCUCGUAUUCCACUCCCGGUCCGGUCCCGGGACAAAUUCUUUAGACCGACAAGUCGACGGUUCCUAUCGGCGUCCAGUCAAGGGUUUCCACGGUCCGACACCGCUCUGUUCGAUCAUCACUACGAUGCCAUCGUUGUGGGAGCAGGGGGAGCCGGCCUUCGUGCCGCUGUCGGGCUGACCGAGUCGGGACUUAAAACAGCCUGCGUCACGAAACUCUUUCCAACUCGCUCUCAUACAGUCGCUGCACAGGGUGGCAUCAACGCUGCCCUGGGGAAUAUGACCCGCGACGACUAUCGAUGGCACAUGUACGAUACAGUCAAAGGAUCCGACUGGCUUGGGGAUCAAGACGCCAUCCACUACAUGACGCGGGAAGCCCCACAAGCUAUCUAUGAACUGGAAGAAUUUGGUAUGGCCUUCUCGCGAACCGAGGACGGGAGGAUCUACCAGCGGGCUCUGGGUGGACAGAGUCUAGAGUAUGGACGGGGAGGACAGGCAUAUCGCACGGCCUGCGCGGCGGACCGAACAGGCCAUGCCAUGUUGCAUGCUUUAUAUGGACAGGCACUAAAGCACGAUACUGAAUUUUUCGUCGAAUAUUUCGCUCUCGACCUGCUGAUGGUGGAUGGAGCUUGCGUUGGGGUCAUCUGCUUGUCUUUAGAAGAUGGUAGCCUUCAUCGAUUCUUUGCUCGGAACACUGUGCUCGCCACGGGGGGAUACGGUAGAGCCUACUUCUCUUGCACAUCGGCUCAUACCUCCACUGGCGAUGGCAGUGCUAUGGUUGCACGCGCCGGUCUUCCAAACCAGGACAUGGAGUUUGUCCAGUUUCACCCGUCUGGAAUAUAUGGCGCUGGGGUGCUGAUCACCGAAGGUGCACGUGGCGAAGGGGGAUAUCUGCUUAAUUCCCAGGGAGAGCGCUUCAUGGAACGAUAUGCCCCUACCGCCAAGGAUCUUGCGAGCCGGGACGUGGUAGCCCGCGCCAUGAACCUGGAGAUUCGAGAGGGUCGUGGAUGUGGACCAGGUCAUGACCAUAUUCACCUGCAGCUGUCGCAUCUCCCGCGCGACCUUAUCCAUGAUCGGCUACCUGGCAUCGUGGAGACGGCAUCUAUCUUCGCCGGCAUCGAUAUUACCCGAGACCCCAUUCCCGUGGUACCAACGGUCCAUUACUGUAUGGGUGGGAUUCCAACCAACUUCAAAGGCCAGGUUCUGAGGGCGGAUAUGGAUUCUUCCGGGUGCACCGAGUCUCCCGUUCCCGGUCUCUACGCCGCGGGCGAAGCGGCCUGCGUCAGCGUUCACGGGGCCAACCGACUUGGGGCCAACUCCCUCUUAGAUAUUGUGGUGUUUGGGCGUGCGUGUGCCAUUGAUAUCGCCGAGAAUAACGAGCCGAACAUGCCGCUGCAAUCGGCUUGCCCCAGGGACACGACCGUCGGGUUCGACUCGAUUCAGAACAUGCACAGCAUUCGCACGGCGGAUGGCGAUCUUCCGACGGCCCAGAUUCGUGAGCGGCUUCAGCGAGCUAUGCAGACAGACAUUGCUGUAUUCCGGACUGAGGCGUCUCUCGUCGAAGGCACGUCCAAAGUACAACAAGUACAACACGAUUUCUCCACGCGACUGGCUACGAGGGAUCGCAGCUUGAUAUGGAACUCGGACCUUGUGGAGACACUUGAAUUGUGCAAUCUUCUGACCUGCGCGGCGCAGACGGCGCAGGCCGCCGUGCAGAGAACGGAAUGUCGAGGGAGUCACGCUCGAGAGGAUUUUCCAGAGAGAGACGACGCGGGUUGGCUGCGCCAUACUUUGACGUGGCAGGGCCGAGGAGAUGAGGAAGUGCGCGUAGGGUAUCGAGAAGUCAUCAUGGAAACAUUGGAUGAGAAAGACUGCGCCAACGUGGCACCCGUGAAGCGGAGCUAUUGA